AUGAUGUCGUCAGAGUCCACUAAAGUGCAGGUGGAAUAUAUUAGUGAGGAUAAUAUUAUUAAGGAAGAAAGUGGCAAUCAAUCUCCAUUAGCACUUCUGGCAGCCACGUGCAGCCGCCUCGGCGCCACCAAUAUGGGGCCCGACCAGCAACAGGAAAAGGAUCAGCAGCAACAACAACAACAACAGCAGCAGCAGCAUUUUAGUCCACAGCAGCAACAACAAGCACAGCAACAGCAACAAGCUCAACAGCAGCAGCAACAACAACAGCAGCAGCAACAGCAACAACAGCAAGCACAACAACAACAACAACAGCAGCAGCAGCAACAGCAAGCACAACAACAGCAACAGCAGCAGCAGCAGCAAGCACAACAACAACAGCAACAGUUGAGGGUUAUUAGUACUGCAGUUGUGCAACAACUUAGAGCUCAAGGUUUAACAGGCAAUGAGCUAUCGGCAGCAAUAGUGAAUGCAGCUAGCACUGUGCCGAAUGGUAUCCAGGUCCAACAGCCACAGGUAAUAUCAAUGCAACAGCUGCAAUCGCUGCUAGGCGGCGGAGUAGUGUCCAGUGGAGAUGGAACCACCUACCAGAACGCGCCACAGCAGUUACUGCAAAUACAUCCACAACUGUUACAGCAGCAGGCAGGUGGGGUGUACGGUGGCUGCUUGGUGGGUGGUGUGGGGGGAGUGGGGGGCGUAGCGCCCAUGCAGGCGGUCACCGUGGACGGCCAAGAUGCACUCUUUAUCCCCGCACAGCAUGCACAAAACUUCUCAGGGAUGGGUCAAGUGAGCCUUGUAAACGGUCAACUUGUCAGAACUCCAGUGCUACCAGCGGGAUUCCUCCAAAAUGUAAUGCACUUGCCCACUGAGCAGCAGGCGACCGUCACAAUCCCGGGCUCUAACAUAACCAUUCCAUUGAGCGCGCUCACCGCCAAUCAGCCGAUGAUCACGAUCCCGGGGAACUUUUCGAUUCCCGGCGGGAUUCAGAUCCCGACGAGCCAGGCCAUCACUAUAGCUGGCUCGCAGCAGCUGCCCGUGAGCGUGGCCAGUGGGCAAAAUGGCGACGCAAAGGCCGCGGCUAACGCUAAGGACGCCAAGGCCCCCACCAGCCCAGCCGGACAAGGUGGCGGCGUGGCGGUGCGCGGCGGCGUGGGCGGCGUGGGCGGCGUGGGCAUGGUGCCCGUGCAGGUGCCCGUGAGCAUGGGCAACGGCCACACGGUGUACCAAACGGUGCACGUGCCCGUCCACGCGCCCCACCACCUGCAGAUCAUACCGCAGCUGCAGCAGAUGCAAGCCCAGCCACAAGUCGCAAACGUCUUGACCCCGUCCGGUCAAAUACAGCAAAUACAAAUAGCGUCGCUCGGCAAUGUUCAGCCCAACGGUGGGGCGCAAGCGACCGUCAGCGGCGCCCAGACUCCCACCACCAUCACGCUGCAGGCGGUUUCGAACCCGAUGCAAGCCGACUCUGGUAUGCAACAGCAACCGCAGAUACUGACCAGCACUGGCCAACAGCUCACCGUCAUACCGGCGCAGACUAACGUGCGCAACAUCGUCCAGGUCCCAACGCUGGGCGUGGGCGGCCUCGGCGGCGCCGUGCAGCUGGUGCCCGCCGUGGUGCCCGGUGUCCAGCUCGCCCAGAUGCAACAGCAGCAACCGCAGCAACAAACCCAACCCGUCAUAGAGACGGCGUCGUUCGCCGGGCAGCAGAUCCAGCAGGACUCGAAUGACUCCGGCAAGUGGCAGGUGGUGACGGUGAGCACGGCGGGCGCGGCCGAGUGCGAGAACAAGGCGCGCGCCACGAGCCCCUCGCUCGGCAAGCGGCUCAUGAAGAGGGUCGCCUGCACCUGCCCCAACUGCGACCAGGGCGAGAACCGCGUUGUAGACCGUAAGAAACAGCACGUGUGCCACAUACCGGGCUGCAAUAAAGUCUACGGAAAAACAUCUCAUCUCCGCGCGCAUUUACGAUGGCAUUCGGGAGAGAGGCCUUUCCUCUGCAACUGGCUUUUCUGCGGUAAAAGAUUCACGCGGUCGGACGAGUUGCAGCGACAUCGUCGGACGCACACGGGCGAGAAGCGCUUCGAGUGCCCAGAGUGCAGCAAGCGUUUCAUGCGCUCGGACCAUUUGGCAAAGCACGUGCGGAUCCACACAAAGAACAGGAUUACGGAGGUCGCGACGUCGACGCAGUCCAUGUACUCCGACUCGGGCGACGACAGCUGCGACGACAAGAUGAUGCUGAAGAUUGAGACGAUCCACAACGCGGGCGACGGCGACGAGAAGCUGGUGAUGAUCCUGCCCGGGGCCAAGCUCGAGCCCGAGCCCGCGGACAGC